AUGCAAAUUACCAUCGAGGACGAAGGCCCCAAGGUGCUCUCUCUGCGGACUGCUGCCUCUGCUGGCUACAAUCGUUUCGAAGUUCGAGGCACAUAUAUGCUCUCCAAUCUGCUCCAAGAGUUGACCUUGGCAAAGGAGUACGGACGGAAACAGAUCAUCCUGGAUGAGGGUCGAUUGAAUGAGAACCCAGUCAGCCGUUUGUCCCGCCUGAUCCGUGACCACUUCUGGGAUGGCUUGACCCGGCGGAUCGAUGCCUCCAGUAUUGAAAUAGCCGCGCGAGACCCAAAGGAUUGGACAGAUGAUCCCCGGCCGCGAAUCUACAUCCCUCAUGGAGUCUCGGAGCAGUAUGAAUACUACAAGCAAGUUGCCCGAGAUCGUCCAGAGAUUCGCCUGGAUUUCCAGCAACUUCCAGAAAACAUCACGCCCGAGUUGAUCCGGGACAUGAAUGAGAAGCCUGGCUUGUUGGCGCUCGAAACCGAACAGAUCGUGGACCCUGAAACAGGCCGCAAGACACUACGGGGCCUCCCGUUCGUGGUGCCCGGAGGAAGAUUCAACGAAUUGUACGGCUGGGAUAGCUACAUGGAGUCGCUUGGGCUGUUGGUCAACGACAGGGUUGAUUUGGCAAAAUCUAUGGUGCUCAACUUUUGUUUCUGCAUUCAGCACUACGGCAAGAUUCUCAACGCUACUCGUUCAUACUAUCUCGGCCGAUCACAGCCGCCUUUCUUGACUGACAUGGCCCUGCGCGUUUACGAGAAAAUCAAGCACGAACCGGAUGCCAAAGAGUUCCUUAGACGGUCGAUACUCGCCGCCAUCAAGGAGUAUCACAGCAUCUGGACAUGCGAGCCCCGGCUUGACCCAGUCACCGGGCUGUCGAGAUAUCGGCCGGAGGGUCUUGGUGUCCCUCCGGAAACCGAGGCUGGCCAUUUCGUGCACAUUCUUGAGCCUUAUAUCAAGAAGCACAAGAUGGAGUUCAAGGACUUUGUUCGCGCAUACAACUAUGGCGAAAUUAAGGAACCGGAAUUGGAUAGUUACUUCAUGCACGAUCGAGCAGUGCGGGAGUCUGGGCACGACACCACAUACCGAUUCGAAGGCAUCUGUGCUGACCUCGCCACUAUUGAUCUCAACUCACUCUUAUUCAAGUACGAAACAGACAUUGCACGCACGAUCCGCAAUGUUUUUGACGACAAGCUGGUGAUUCCGGGCGAGUUCUGCGACAGGACGCCCUAUCAGCCGGGAGAAGUGCUGUCGUCUGCGGCUUGGGAUCGACGAGCGAAGCGACGCAAGCUUACCGUGGACAAGCUGAUGUGGGACGAAGAACAGGGCGUCUUCUUUGACUACAACACUGCAAAGCGGGAGAGGUGCAAUUAUGAAAGCUCAACCACAUUCUGGGCGAUGUGGGCGGGUAUUGCUACGCCGAAGCAGGCAGCCGACAUGGUCAAGAAGGGGUUGCCACGAUUUGAAGCGUACGGCGGCCUGUUGGCUGGGACUGAGAAGUCUCGUGGAAAUGUCGGGCUUGAGCGCCCCAACCGACAAUGGGACUACCCUUCUGGCUGGGCCCCCCAGCAGAUGCUUGCCUGGACUGGCUUGCUGCGCUACAGCUUCACCGAGGAGGCUGAGCGUCUUGCCUACAAGUGGCUGUUCAUGAUAACCAAGGCGUUUGUUGAUUUCAACGGUGUCGUGGUGGAAAAGUAUGACGUGACGCGGCCAGCUGAUCCUCAUCGUGUGGAUGCCGAGUAUGGGAAUCAAGGCCUGGAUUUUAAACCCCCCCCCCCCCCAACUUGCCAGUUCUUGUGA